AUGCCUUCGGAAUCCGGCGCGGACCCCAGCUCCUCUGUCCCCAUCUCCAAACCGCUCCCAACGGCGGCCGACGAGACGACGACGAACAACGGCGCCACGGCCAGAUCACCCCUGCCGUCUGGCUACCAGAGUCCCCUCUCCGAGUCGAUCGACGAGGCCAGGGCCGCAGCGGUAGCAGCACCGGCACCAGCACCAGCACCAGUCGCAGCCACCGCAAACGGCAAGGCGACGGCAACAGCAGCAGCGGCACCAUCCGCGGCAUCUGCAACAGCAUCCUCGGCGAGACCACCUGCGCUCAACCCGGUCCCGACCGCUGGCGGCCUUCGACAGCGACGUCAGCAUCCGCCCGCGCGACUCGGCAACGGCGCCUCGCCCUUUGCUCGUCCCGGCGACUCCCCGCGCUUCGUGGCCACGCUGCGCGACUUUGACCGAUUCCUGCGAUCGCUCCCCGUCCCGCUCCACCGCAUUGUCCCUUCGCUGUUCGCCAGAGUCAUCUGUCGGGUCUUUCGAGCGCAGAACCUGAUGGCGUCCAACAUCGCCUUCGACAUUGCCCUCCUCUUUUGGAGGAUCAUCAUUAAUCUCUUUUUCCGAGAGAUCCGGCCUCGAUCAGCAUGGCGGAUCCCCAAGGAAGGCCCCGUCAUCUUUGUGGCGGCGCCCCACCACAACCAGUUCCUCGACCCGCUGCUGCUGGCGUCCGAGGUGCGUAGGGCCUCGGGCCGCCGCGUCGCCUUCCUCAUCGCCGAAAAGAGCAUCAAGCGCCGCUUCAUUGGCGCGGCGGCGCGCAUCAUGCAGUCGAUUCCCGUGGCGCGGGCGGCCGACAGCGCCAAGGCGGGCCAGGGCACCGUGGCGGCGCACCCGUCGGGCGACCCGCUGCGCCUCAUCGGCCACGGCACCGCCUUCACCUCGCAGCUCGUGCCCAAGGGCCAGAUCAUGCUGCCCAAGUCGACCGGCUACGCGUGCGCAGAGGUGGUCGAGGUCGUGAGCGACACCGAGCUGCGCAUCAAGAAGGAGUUCAAGGACCCGCGCGCCAUCGAGGCACUGAAGGGCGGCGGCGGCGGCGGCGCCGAUCGCGGCCGCAAGGACUCGCCGUCGUCGGCCGACGAGGCCAAGGGCGCUGCGGGCGGCGGCUCCGGCUGCAAGUACCAGUGCCUGCCCUUUGUCGACCAGACGCAGAUGUACUCGAGCGUCUACGAGAAGCUGGCCGAGGGCGGCUGCCUGGGCAUCUUCCCCGAGGGCGGCAGCCACGACCGGACCGACCUGCUGCCGCUCAAGGCGGGCGUCGUCAUCAUGGCGCUCGGCGCCAUGUCGGCCAACCCGCAGCUCAACGUGCGCAUCGUGCCCGUCGGCAUGUCCUACUUCCACCCGCACAAGUUCCGCAGCCGUGCCGUCGUCGAGUUUGGCUCGCCGAUCGAUGUGCCGCGCCACCUGGUCGGGCGCUUCGAAGAGGGCGGCGACGGCAAGAAGAAGGCCGUCGGCGAGAUGAUGGACAUCGUCUACGACGGCCUCAAGGGCGUCACGCUGCGGGCGCCCGACUACGAGACGCUCAUGGUGGUCCAGGCGGGCCGCCGGCUGUACAAGGCGCCCGGCCAGACGCUGAGCCUGGGCAAGACGGUGGAGCUCAACCGCAAAUUCAUCAUGGGCUACCUCAAGUUCAAGGACGAGCCGCGCGUCAUGAAGCUCAAGGACGACAUCCUGCGCUACAACAAGCGGCUGCGCUACGCCGGCCUGCGCGACCACCAGGUGGAGCGGGCGACGCGCGCCGGCUGGCGCAGCCUCGGGCUGCUCUUCUACCGCCUCGGCCUGCUCGGCUUCUGGGGCGGGCUGGCGCUGCCGGGCGCGGUGCUCAACUCGCCCAUCAUCGUGCUGGCCAAGCUCAUCAGCCACCGCAAGGCCAAGGAGGCGCUGGCGGCGUCGCAGGUCAAGAUCGCCGGCCGCGACGUGCUGGCGACGUGGAAGGUGCUCGUGUCGCUCGGCGUGGCGCCCGUCCUCUACUCGUUCUACGCCGGCCUGGCCACCUACUUUGCCCACCGACACGGGCUGCCGGCGCGCCACCAGCUGCUGAUGCCGCUCUACGCGCUGACGGUGCUGCCGACGAUGAGCUACUCUGCGCUCAAGUUUGGCGAGGUGGGCAUCGACAUCUACAAGUCGCUCCCGCCGCUGUUUGUCUCGCUGCUGCCGGGCAACCACAAGGUCAUCGCCGACCUGCAGCGCACGCGGGCGCAGAUCUCGGCCGACAUGCACACGCUCAUCGACGAGCUGGCGCCGCAGGUGUGGGAGGACUUUGAGGAGACGCGCCUCACGCCGGCGUCCGAGGCGCCGCCGUCGACGGGCCGCGAGGCGCUGCUGUGGCGGCAGAAGCGGCGCAGCGGCAAGUCGGCCGACGUCCUGGCCCAUCCGCUGCAGUGGGUCGACGAGCGGCUGUUUGGCUGGGGCCGACGUCGGGGCUCGUCGACGCGCCGCGCCAUCACGGCCGAGGAGCUGCGGGCGUCGUCGGCGGGGGCAGGCGCAGGCGCGGGCGGCGACAAUGCCGUGCUGGAAGACGACGAGAUCGAGGCCGACGCCGACGACUACUCGAGCGCCACCGAGGGCGACAGCGACGACGACUCGGAGCGCGACGAGGGCGACUACGAGGCCGUCUUUUCGCUGCUCAACCCGCAGAACCUCGUUUUCGGAGGCGGCGCCAAGAGCCCCUCGACGCCCGGCGGACACGGCAAGGGGCGCCGGAGCCGGUCGCAGUCGCGCUCGAGGAGCGGCAGCGUCCACGGCGGCGGCGGUCUCGGCAGCCUCGAGACGUUUGCCGAGAAGCGUAACCGGAGCAACCAGGACCUGCGUGCGCUGAUGCGCGAGGGCGGCGCCAUGUCGCCUACCGAGCAGCGGACGCAGUUCGGCGGCGACGCCAGGCGCGCGGCCAACGCGUCCGACGCCUCGGCCGAUGGCGCGGGCGCGGGUGGCGGCGGCCCCGCAGUCUCGUCGGCGACGACGACGGCGACGGCGAGCGCGGGCCAGGCGGCGACGCAGCGGCGCAACCGGACCCACUCGCUUUCGGACGACGUGCACGUCGAGCAGCUCAAGGCGGCGGGCCCCAAGGCUCGCAGCGUGCCCUUUUCGGCGGCGUCGCAGGCGCUCGAGAUGCAGGCGGCCACCCACGGAGGCAUGCAGGCGGCGGGGGCGAGGCCGGCGCUGGCGCAGAUGAAGUCGGCCGAGAUCACGCCGCCCGCCACGCCGGCGGCCACGGACCUGUCGAUGGUACCCGUCGAGGCCGAGGCAGCAGGAGGAGAGCAGCAGCAGCAGCAGCAGCAGUAG